AACGGAGAGCCGCCGCCGCCGUCUGAGAUGGUCCAUGGUCGCGCCAUAGAUCUUCUCCCCUGCGUUCAAGCGGAGAAAAGGUGCAUCUCUGAGGCUUUGGUCGUAGGCUCUUUGGUGUUUUGUUUUGUAGAUGCGGUGGUCGUCGCGGAUGGACUUCCUUAGCCCUGCUGGAGUGGCUUGACCUCGCGGUGGUUGCCUGUAAGUUUUUUCCUCCGAUUUAUGUCGGCUUCUGGGUGCGAAGGCCGGCAUCAGAUUCCAGUUCGUGUUUUGCUCUGCUGGCGUGGUUGUUUUUUCUCUUCAUUUGCUUUGGGUCUGUGCUCCUGGAUUAACUGAUACGAGGUUUCAGUAUCAAGAAAGCUCGUUAGGGAAACGAUAUCACAGCGGAGAACUGAAGAUCCCUGUUAAGGAGAGGGAAAUAGGGGAUUCCCCAUCUCCAGUUUUGUCUUAAUACCUUGUCAAGCAAACGCUUUGGUUCAGCGAGCAGUGGGAGUUCUUUGAACUUUGGGCCUUCGAGGAAUUUCUGCUUUUCCUCUCUGAAAGAUGAGCUGCAUCGAUAAUUGUAGAGACGGUAAAAUUGAUGAAGAGGAGUUCCGGCGCCCAUGUGGGAACAGAGUGGCGGAUGACUCUCUUACUCUGGGCCGGCACGCUUUUGGGAAAAAUGGUACUUAUCCGUCUUCACAGCUUGAUAUCGAUGAGAAGCUAUUGAUUGAUCCAAAAUUACUUUAUAUCGGAGCCAAGAUUGGAGAGGGAGCGCAUGGAAAAGUCUAUGAGGGGAAGUACCACGAUCAAAUUGUUGCUAUCAAGGUUCUCAAUAGUGGUAGCACUCCUGAGGAGAAGGUGACUCUUCAGGCUCGCUUUAUUCGAGAAAUAAAUAUGAUGUCCAGGGUUCAGCAUGAUAAUCUUGUAAAGUUUGUUGGUGCCUGCAAGGAUCCCUUUAUGGUGAUUGCCACAGAGCUUCUUCCGGGAAUGUCAUUGAAGAAAUAUUUGAGCAGCAUGCGCCCCAAACAACUAGAUACUCAUACAGCAAUAAGCUUUGCACUUGAUAUUGCUCGUGCGAUGGACUGCUUACAUGCUAAUGGAAUUAUACACAGAGACUUGAAACCUGAUAAUCUGUUGCUUACUGCAAAUCAGAAGAAUGUGAAGCUUAUUGAUUUUGGACUUGCAAGAGAAGAAACAGUUACUGAGAUGAUGACGGCUGAAACUGGGACUUAUAGAUGGAUGGCUCCAGAGUUAUAUAGUACUGUGACUUUGCGUCGCGGUGAGAAGAAGCACUACACCAACAAGGUUGAUGUGUACAGCUUUGGCAUUGUCUUAUGGGAGUUGUUGACCAACCGAAUGCCUUUUGAAGGCAUGUCUAACUUGCAGGCUGCAUAUGCUGCAGCUUUUAAGCAAAUGCGACCACCGCUGCGGGACGAUGCUCCGCCAGAGCUGGUGUUCAUAGUGCAAUCCUGCUGGGUGGAGGAUCCCAACACGCGGCCCAGCUUCAGCCAGAUUAUUAGGAUGCUGAACGCCUUCCUUUACACUCUCCCACCACCGCCGUCAUCAGAACCAGAACCGGAGACCAGUUUUCCAUCAGCAAUGAGCACAAGGGGCACCAUCACGGCGACAUCUGCACGCAGAGGCGGCAAGUUAUCUGUUCUCCGCAAGCUCUUUGCCGCAAAGAAGGAAAGCAGCAGAAGUGCAUAAGCAAUCAAAAGAGAUUAGUGGUUUUCUAGAAGUCCAGCAAAAGGACUGAUGAAUUAUAGACAACAUGUAUUACAGGAGAAAUCAUGCUCUUUUUGGCAAAUGUAAGAAAAACUAGUUAAGUCCAAUAUUUAUAGCUAAUCUGAUAUUCUAACUCA